AUGAACGCGAAAUACCCCUGGAUGCGGCCACGGCGCCGUGGCCUACCAUUCCUCUGCGCCAUUGCCAGCAUCUCUUGCUUCGCCAUUCUCGCCAUCUGGUAUGGCAUGAACUCUGACCGCGAUUACAUCCACCCAAUCCUCACUCAGCUCCUCCCCGCGGGCCAUUGCGCCUGUCAAACCUCCACCACCUUCCAAUGCUCCACGUGUCUCUCCUGCUCCGAUUCCUCAACUCUCCAGCUGUCCGCCUCCCCCAGCUGGAAAUUCCAAUACCCUCGCGACGCCCGGAACGAGGCCCUCGACCAGACCCAAUGCCAGGCCGCCUUUCAAGGUCUAUUCGAAGACAUUGCGCGUGGUGAGCGCUAUUGGCGCGCUCACGAUGGGGGCCUCGUCACCGAGGAUCUCGACGAUAUCACCAUUCACCCGGGCAUGGUGCGCGCAUUCAUCUCCCAGGGCCAUUUGCAUGUGGUCACCGCGCGAGCCAAAGGCGAGGACCACCGGCGGAAAAUUCUGGGUGUCUUGAGUUCCAUUCACCGUGCGCUGGCCGCAGACCGAGAUCGCGCGUCAAGACGUGAUAUCGAAUUUGUAUUUUCCGUCGAGGACAAGGUAGAAGACGUGACGAAUGCUCAUCACCCGGUUUGGGUCUUUGCACGUACCCCGACCGAAGAGGGAGUCUGGCUCAUGCCUGACUUUAGCUUUUGGGCUUGGGACAAUCCACAGAACUAUAUAGGUCCGUUCGAUCAGGUGGUGGAUCGUAUCAAGCACAUUGAUGUGCCUUGGGAUGAGAAGAGGCCGCAACUUGUCUGGCGCGGCAAGCCGAGUUUUGCGCCCAAGCUACGCCGUGCAUUGAUUGAAGCGGCGCGUGAUAAACCCUGGGGUGAUGUCAAACAGGUUGAUUGGGAUACGGGCUCCAAUGUGCUCCGCAUGGAAGAUCACUGUCGGUAUAUGUUUAUUGCCCACGUUGAAGGUGAGACACUAUUGCAGGACCUCUCCCGGGGUAUCGCUAUUCUUUCGUCGAAGUAUAUUUACUUACCCUCUCUUUCCUCCCCAGGUCGGUCCUACUCUGCAUCCCUGAAAUACCGCCAAGCUUGCCAUUCCGUCAUCGUCGCCCAUAAACUUCAAUACAUCCAACACCACCAUUAUCUCCUGGUCGCCAGUGGACCAAACCAAAACUAUGUCGAAGUCGAACGCGACUUUAGCGAUCUCACCAAGAAGAUCGAGCCACUCGUCGCAGAUGCCGACGCCGCGCACCGCAUCGCCACGAAUAGCGUCAAGACCUUCCGAGAGCGGUACCUGACCGCCGCCGCGGAGGCAUGCUAUUGGCGAGCUCUCUUCGACGGCUACGGCAGCGUCUGGAAUAGCAGCGUGAACCCCUGGUCCGACCGCACGGGCAAGGAGCGCGGUCUGCGCUACGAGUCAUUCGUCUUGCUGGAGAGCCCGAAGAUGUUCGAGUUUACCGCGGACGCAGCCAUGUCUGGAUACGCCUGA